GCAAGAGAGCAAUUGGCGGAGAGCCAGAAGUCGACCGCCGCCUUGGAAAUCAACUUGGACGAGACGAAAUGGCAGCUGGACGAGAAAACAGAAAGUGCUGCCCAGCAAGGGCAACGAGAGCUUGGUGGAGAUCACGUUCAGGAAACAAUGGACGUCGAAAUUAGGAGCCCCGAGCUUCGCAGCCAAACGACUUUCGAAGACGUUCCUCGAGCUCGCAAUGGGCGCAGGAUCUUUGAGGCAGACUACAACAAAACUUUGGCACAGGAUGGUGACGAGAACAACAAGGCAUCCAAUUGCCCAAAGGAGAUGCUGAGUGGAAGGAUCUUUGAUAAGGCGAUGAGAAGAUCCGAUUAUGAUGAGCCGGAGUCGGAUGUAGCCCUAGAUCGAGUUGGGCUGCGACUCUUACUGCACACGAGGAGACAGAAUGGCCUCGACCUGCCAGUGAGAGGUAUGCUAGCUGGGACCGUAGCGAACGGGAUGAUGAGAGGAUUCAACCAUGAUGGAAGUGAGGACUGCGAGCGUGCCUUGCCACCCGGGAAUAGUGGCGGUAUUUGGGAUCCUGAUAGCCUACGUGAAGACCUGAAACCGCGAUCUUGGUGUAUCGUGAAAGUAUAUCGGUGUCAUUCUUCAGCUGACGGAAUGUGUGUGUUGGGUAAGGCGAUGAGAAGAUCCGUUCAUGAUGGGGCGGAGCUGGAUACUUGUGUGGAUGUCAUUCUUGAGCUGACGUUAGAUGUGUGUUGGGUACAAGUACCUAGGCCUAGGACAGGAACAGGAAGACAUGGCGGAGGUCAGAUGCGGUGGAACGGGCGAAGGGAUUUCGGAUUUGAAAGUGCCGGGGGGUAG